AUGGCCACGACGUACGCGGAGGACCCUCCUGCCGCGUGGGGCGGGUACGGCUACUACGACGAUGGCUCCGACAUCGACGCGUUGCUCCGGGGCAUCGACGCCGUCGUGCGCCCUCCCAAGUCCGCCGACCUUCCGAUGCCAUCCAAGGACUUUCUCGCGCUGUCUCGCCGGCACGGCAACCACGACGCCGGCUUCAACGCCAUGCUCCGCGGUAUCCAGAGCGUCCGCGUUCCGGCCGCCGGCCUGAUGGCUUCCCUCCCCAUGGACGCUCAUAACGACGACGCCCCGACGACGCCCGUAGCGGUGCUGCAAGCGCCGCGCAGCUACGGCGACGACACGGUCACCAACAUGAAGACGCCACCGCCCAACAAGAAGCAGCCGCGGCAGAAGUGCGGCGGCGAGUACGACGCCGACAUCGACGCCACGUUCCGGGUGAUGGAGACCGACCCGGCGGAGCGGCCCUCGGAGGACUACCUCAGCGAGAGGCAGGCGGGGGCCAUGAUGAUGACCGACCGCGCCGAGCUCAUCGAGAAGAUGCACCGCUUCUCCAGGUACUACGACCUUGCCCCUGGCACCCUGCACCGCACCGUCUCCUACGUCGACCGCUUCCUGUCAAUCAAGAAGAUCACCGGCGGCGACCAGAAGCAUCAGCUCCUACUCCUUGGAGCCGUGGCCGUCUUCGCCGCGGCAAAGUACGAGGACAGGAACACCGUGCGGAGGAUCGACGCCGACGCCGUCGCCGCGUACGCCGGGUGCUCACGGCGCGAGGUCCUCGCCGCGGAGCGCGAGCUGGUGGCGGCGCUCGGGUACCGCCUGAGCGGGCCCACGGCCUACACGUUCGUCGACCACUUGAUGAGGCACAGCGGCCAGGACUCCCAGGAGGAGGAGGUGGUGAUCACCAGGGCCCUGGCGCACCACCUGGCCGACAUGGCGCUGCUGGACUACCGGUGCGUGGCGUUCCUGCCGUCGGCCGUGGCGGCGUCGGCGAUCGUGCUGGCCAGGCUGGUCCUGGGCUACUACUCGCUGGAGGCGCCGUGCUUGGUGGCGGGGUACGCGCUGGAGGACCUGAGAGAAUGCAUGGAGGCGAUCUACGGCAUGCACGAGAACCUGCAGGUGUGGCCAGGUUGCGCCCAGAUGAUGGAGGACUGGGAGCUCACUACCCAGCUCAGAUACUACUUGCCUCCAUCGACCAUGCUGACCGCCAUGCAUUGA